AUGGGUGCCGACGCCGAGAUGGAUCAAGACUGGUCAGAGCUGGCAGACGGCACCGCCUCCCACUACACCCUUCGUCUGUCGAGAGGCUCGGAGUUGCAGAGUGGUGGGCGCACCUACGGCUCGGUCUUCGGUCUCUCAAUGCGACCACUCGGAAGAUCUGCGGAGGAGCACGACGAGCUUCGCACGCUCGUCCACGGUAGCUUCGCCAUGGCCGCCUUGCGAGAGCUCGUCUUCAUGCAGCUCCUGGAGGGAAAGGGCGAGCAUGCCGUACGAGAGUGGCUGCGCGACCUGACCAGCAACGCGCACAUGAAGCCCGGGGAGAUUCACUGGGGCCUAGAGUUCCGUCACAGCAAGGCGGCUACGCUGCGCGUCGGAGCGACGAGUGAGGGCAACGCGAUGCAGUUGGCGCGGCUUUCAAUUCUCUGGGCACGGACGGCGCAAAGGGAGCUCGGAGAUGAUGCCCUCCUAUCUAGAACAAGUGCCUACGCCGUCGCACACGUGAAGGGCCUCAAGCUCGAGUCACUUCGACUCUUCCUCAAGGAUCACGACGUCGAGGCCUUUGAGAUCGCCCCCGGAAUCUUCUCGCGCCAGCAGCUUCUCCGUAGAGCAAGCGCGUUCUGGAUGCAGCAGGGCGACGACUACGUGUGCCACGCAUCGCCCCAGCUGCACGCAGCAACCUUCGUCUUCGCAGAGGCCGGCAUUCGGGAGCACGAGCACGCUGACGAGAGGCGAGCUAGGGCGAUUGUCAAGAGCGACGGGCAGACCGAGGUGGUCAACGCCUCGCCCGGCGCACUCGUGGAGGGGGCAAAGAGCCUACCACGCCGGCUACUGCGCUGCAACCUGUGGGGCGACUGGCCUUUCGAGGACAUCAAGAAGAUCCUCACCUCGCAGCUGCCUCGCGAGGAGGCCGUCGACCAGCUGGCCAAGCUGAUUUCUGGGCUUCAAGCAUGCCACACCCGUCCAGAGGCAACGCCGACCAGCAUCGUGCCUCCGCUCCACGUCGACAUCAACGCCAUCCUCAACGGCAACUGUGCGUCCAUCGACCUGACUCGCCAGUUCGCCGACGACGUGGGGGGAGACGGGACUGUCCUUCGUCACUCUGCCAGCAGCUACACGCUUCUCGAUCGAGCCCACCAGAUUGCCAAGCAGAGCAGGCCCAUGCUAGACAUCCUCGCGUGGGAGGCAGCCGUGGCGUUACAAGCUACUCUUCCGGUGGCCGGGAAAGAGCCUCUCCUCCGCGAUCUCGGUCACCUCCUGGUCGCAUGCCGGCCUGUCUGCGAGGCCUACUGCUCCGCCUCGUCUGGCACCGUUGUACUUGAUUCCUCACUCUUCGCCUUCUCGCGUGGCAUCAACCUCCUGGCCAUGGCACAGAAGACUUGGCGUUGCUUUAGGCCCGCCGACGAGUCUCUGCUAUACGUCGGCAGCAAGCCGAGGUCGAUCAUGGAGGCACAGAUUGGACGGCAGGACGAGAUGGUGGGAGACCUCAUCCGUUUGCUGCAGCAAAAGGAGCUGCUUCCCAUCAGCGACGCCGCAAUCGGCAAGAUUCUCCCACGUCCUCAGCCUUUGAGCGAGAUUCGACAGAGCCUAAUUAAGCACAGCGGGAUGACACAGAUGGAGAAGGAGGGCGUGCGCACCUUUUCCGGCGGCCUUGAUCAUGAGGAAGAGCUCGCAGAGGAGACCUAA